AUGUCCAAAUCUCUAAGCAAACAGAGCGGCGGGGGCACGCGAGUCUCCCUCGCCCGAAAGCAGUACCGCAUCCUCGAUGAGAGCACCCGAAACCGCCGCAACCGUCAGCAGCUGGAGCAGCUAGAGCGGGACAACUUCCACGACGACCCGCACGCCAACCUGGUGAUGCACAAGAAGGCGCCCAAGUUCGAGGACAUCAACAGCAAGAGCAGCCUCACCUCGCCCACUGUCUCCUCCGGUCGGCGGUACACUCUACCUCGAACUCGCCUGAUGACGCUGAACGCCCUCAUCGAGGAGGACUCCCGUAAUCAGGGCCCCAACUACCUGACGCUGAUGACGCGGCAGAUGUCGGCGAAGAAGGGAAACAGCAACAACAACAGCAGCAAAACGACCGCCGCCUACCUGCCCAACAUCGAGACGCCGGUCAUCAAGCGGCACUUCUGCAACGUCUGCGGCUUCAAGGGCGCCUACACCUGCAUCGUCUGCGGCCUGCGCUUCUGCUCUGCCGCCUGUCAGACGACGCACGUCGAGACGCGCUGUCUAAAGUGGUCUGCUUGA